CUCAGUCCAAUCACCGAUCGACGGCCUUAGCAUCACCUGGAACCUGAUUUGACCUCGAGUCUGGCACUUCCCCAGUUUCUCCGCGGAGAUGCUGAGUGGAUCACGUCUUGACCGUAGUAGACAGCAAAAAAAAGUGGGAGCAAGAAAAAACUUCACCCGCCACAGCAUGCCGUCCACCCGACCCAGCGGCCUUACACCACUUAAAAUCACUCACCGGGAUAUAAAUAUCAAGUUGAACUGACUCGAGCAGGAAGCAUCUCUCAACCUCCCUCACAUACCAAGAUCAUCACAUCGCUCAUUCUUCCCUUCUUCGUUCGCAUAGACUUUGCCACCCCUACUCUAAUUCUCAAUUGCACAUACACACACCAUGGGUCUCACCCAAGAGCAAACCGAUAUCAUCAAGGCCACCGUGCCUGUUAUCAAAGAGCAUGGCAACACUGUCACAUCGAUCUUCUACAAGAACAUGCUGGCCGCACACCCCGAGCUGAAUGCCAUCUUCAACUCCUCCAACCAAACCAAUGGCCACCAACCCCGUGCCCUCGCCGGCGCCGUCUUCGCCUACGCUGCCAACAUUGACAACCUUGGUGCCCUCGGUCCCGCCGUCGAGCUCAUCUGCAACAAGCAUGCCUCCCUCUACAUCCAGCCCGAGCACUACAACAUCGUGGGCAAGUUCUUGCUCGAAGCCAUGGGCGAGGUCCUAGGCGACGCCUUCACCCCCGCCAUCAAGGACGCUUGGGCCGCCGCGUACUUCCAGCUCGCCGAUAUCAUGAUUGGUCGCGAAGCCGCCCUUUACAAGGAAAGCGAGGGAUGGACUGAGUUCCGUGAAUUCCGCAUUGCCAAGAAGGUCCCCGAGUCCUCGGAGAUCACCUCCUUCUACCUGGAGCCCGUUGACGGAAAGCCUCUCCCCUCCUUCCGUCCCGGACAGUACAUUUCGGUGCAGCUCUUCGUUCCCCAGCUCAACCACCCCCAGGUCAGACAAUACUCUCUGAGCGACAAGCCCCGCCCUGAGUACUAUCGUAUCUCGGUGAAGAAGGAGGCCGGUCUCAAUGCCACCGAACCUGGUGCCGAGGCUCACCCCGGCCUCGUGUCGAACAUCCUGCACGACCUGAAGAAGGAGGGCGACGUUAUCAAGGUGUCCCACCCUUACGGUGACUUCUUCCUCUCGGAUGCGGAGAAGCAGAGCUCCAGCCCCAUCGUUCUCUUGGCAGCGGGUGUGGGUCUGACCCCGCUCACCUCCAUCCUGAACACCGUUCUUGAGACCGAGGCGGUGACACAGCGCAAGAUCUCCUUCGUGCACGGUGCCCGCACCUCGGGCGCGCGCGCCUUCAAGCCCCAGAUCCGCGAGCUGGUCUCCAAGGUGCCUAACCUUCAGGCCUUCUUCUUCACCAGCCACCCGGAUGCCGAGGACAAGCAGGGCACGGACUACGACUUCGCCGGCCGCCUGGACCUCGGCAAGCUGGACGCCAAGACCGCUCUGUUCCUGGACGACGCGACGACGCAGUACUAUGUGUGCGGUCCCGAGUCGUUCAUGCUGGAUGUGAGGGGCAAGUUGGCCGCCGAGGGUGUAGCCGCCGACCGCAUCAAGAUGGAGCUAUUCGGCACCGGUGGCAUUCCCGCUUGAUUUCAUAGACAUUUCAUAUAUCUGCUACCGAUACAGAUAGACUAGUUUUUCUUUACGGGUUACGACUGCAUCGUUGAUUGGCCUUUCCAUCCACCCGAUGGAUGUUAAUAUACACUUUUGUGUUUUUGAUAUAUAUAAUACCCACCUCCACUCAAUACACUUACUUCAUUCCACAAUACCUCUCAUUCCGUGAGAAAUAAACAAUCAAAAUCAAAAUAAAUAAACAAAAAGUAGAAAAUUUUUUCCACAAAUGC